AUGCGAGAGGAGAAGCACCCCAAACGCUUCCUUCGGGCGCUGCGAGUCCACCGGGCAGAAGGGUCUGUGAGUUCGCGUGCACCCCGGCAUAAGGACGGCGGAGUAGGAUGUGGCGGUCUCGUGGAGGCCCGUGGAGGAACGGCAGCCUCUACCCGGGACCCGACGGAGUUGCCCCCACCCUUCAGCGGAGUUCUGCUCCGCCCUCGAUCCCGGGGUCGGGGUCCUGGGCUGGCCGGCGCCGAUGAGCGGGACGCAAACCCUGCGCCCUGCCACCAGCCUCUCUGUCCAGGUCUGGGCCGGAUCCACCGCGCAGGGGAGCAGCUCGUGGGCCGGGGUCAUGCGGUCUUUUUUGGGGUGCACCGCGCUGCGGCGGCUGUUGUGCGGCUCACCCUGGUGGCAGUAAAUCCAGAUGGGGUGCAACGGAGGCUGGUGGGGGACGUGACCCAGUGCUUUGAGAGGCGUGGCUUCAAGCUGAUUAGGAUGAAGAUGCUGCAGGUACCAGAGGCCUCCUGGGGGGCCGGGGGCAGGGGGGGCUGGCGGGCCUCCAGAGGCACCUCUCACCCCCUCACUCACCCUUCCCCCUCCUGUAUUACCCAGGUGCGGGAGAGUGUCCUUGCUGAACAUUACCAUGACCUUCAGAGGAAGCCCUUCUACCCAGCCCUCAUCAGCUACAAGAGUUCUGGCCCCAUGGUGGCCAUGGUCUGGGAAGGCCACAACGUGGUCCACACCUCAAGGGCCAUGAUCGAAGACACAGAUGCGGCUGAAGCCGCCCCAGGGACCAUCAGGGGAGACUUCGGCAUCCAUAUCAGCAGGAACAUCAUCUACACCAGCGACUCUGUGGAGAGGGCUCAGAGGGAGAUCGGGCUGUGGUUCCAGAGCAGUGAGCUGGUGGACUGGCUGGACCGGAGCCCCCACAGCAGUAUCCUCCCAGCCUGAGGGCUCCAGCUGCUUUUGUCCCCCCCUGUAUGGACAGGACCAACUACCUCUGUCAACAAGACUCAGCCCACACCCACGCUCUCUGCCCACCUUUCCAAACCACCUCCCUGGCAACCUUCUGCCCCAGAUGGGUCGAGGUGUUUGAGCCAUCAACUUUAUCUGCCUUUUUGUGUACUAAUCCAGCACCAGAUUAGACCAAAUCCUUUCUGUACCAAAGUGCUGGACAACUUUUGGAGUAUUUUCAAGAGGGUAGUGUGACCUAUACUCCCCCAAGGGAGACAUCAAAAUUCAGUGUGCGCUGUGUAUGUGUGGUUGAUUUGCUUAUGGCAGACAGUUGUGAACACCUUGAGGGCAAAAAUGAAACUUACUGUCUCCCGUUCCCAGUAGGGGAUCAUAACUUUGUUGAGUGCAUGAGCCAGGCAGGGGUCCAGAGACCUCCAGUUUGAAAUGGGGGGAGCAGUUCUGGUCCCCAUCUGGCCUGGCUAUGUGGGAAGGGAGGCUACAGAGGGAGAGGGGCAGGUGGGGGUGUGGCCGCUUGGAGCUGGAACCACCUCCAGGGCAGAAGUCCGUAACUGGUCCCCCUCCUGAGGCUGGCUGGAACAGCUGGGCGUCCUUUUCCAGUUAACACCCCACGCCUCACCCCUGGGUCCUGAAGCUACCUGGUCACCUGUCACAGGUUGUGGACACGUUAUACCUGGUGAGGUUACUUAAUCUAGCCUUUGGUGUCAUGGUGAUGGGUGUCCAAGCAUUGACCGCUGCCUAAUCCACCAUAGGAGGGGAGAGAUGAAGGGCCGUGACCUUUAUGACCAUAAGGAGGGCCACUGUGGGAGGUGGCACUGGGCAGGUGCCUUUUGGGUCUGGCAACGCGUGGGAAAGGCGUUCGUUUUUCUGUUUCCUCGGGCUCUAGGUUUUCCCCCACCCACCAUAUUUACGCAACAGACCCACCACAUUUAUGCUUUUCUGCCCUCUUUAACUCGGUGGAUUGCUGCGCGCCCCCAGCCAGGCGUUUUAAGGCACAGAUCUGCCCGCGGCGGCCGCCCUUAAACCGGAAGCCGAGUGUCCACUGUGCCCGGCCGACAAAUCCUCCUGAAAAGGACGCUGUGCAGGUGCAUGUCGUCCGGCCACCUAUGCACCGACGCGGAAGAAACGGCCUGCCACGACGCAAUACGCCUGCGCUCAUAACCCGCCUCCAGUCCCAGAAGGCAGCGCGGCCGCGAUGCGGGGGUGGGGGGGGGUGUGCGUACCGGGGAAGACCGUAGGAGCAGGGACGUGUUGGGCGUGGCGGACGCGUUCGGCCUGGAGUGCGUAGAGGGGCGGAGCAUUUGAGGCUUCCAAGAAGCUGGUUGCAGCCAAGGGCCAGUGGUGCCUCCCUCUCUCUCUGGAUGUCCAAGAUCCCCCAACCAUCAUAGUUGCAGUGGAUGAGGUGCUGAGGGAGUUU